UCGCCGGCAACCACCUCAGUUAUCAGCACCAUGGCUUUUUAAACCUACCUGAUGAUGUACCUACGCUGUCAGCACUCAGCAGUACGCGAAGAGUUUUGGAAUCAGAUGAUGUUAUUAGUCUUUGUUGGAGUUAUAGCACUUAUCUCUUCUACUUUGCCGUUUUGAUGCUUCUGUCGAACUCGUACAAAUGGUAAAUUUUGCAUUACUUACAUAAUAUUAUAAACAAUAAACAGCAGAUAUUAUUGAGGUGUUCCGUGUUCGCCGCCAAGGAGUCGUUGUUCGCCCCCAAGGAUGCCCAGUGAUUCCUAAUCCCUAAUUAGUAAUUACCCAUUUUUCCUUCGGUAAUUUCAGUUCGAGUAGAUAUUUGUUAUACGUAAUCUUGGAGCCUUGUUAAUUCUGAAGAGCAUAAUGGCGAUGCCAGUGAUUGAUGAAAACGGCGGAGAGCUCUGCGAUCCACCGAUAGACGCGACCGAUUUGGUGCUGCCAGUGUCAGACACAUCGGGCCGUCAGUCGUCCCAUAGUGACUACAGCUCCGCGAGCCAGUCAUCCGAUGAAAAUAGCCCGAAACGACGGGAACGCCCAGAGCCUCCCAAGACCAGCGAACGUGAUGAACUGCUGUUAAAAGUCUGGACCAACAGAGCAUUUUGUGAAGCAUUGGGCCGGCCGGAUCGGGAGGUGCGCAUCUCCGAGUUGAGUAGAAAUAACUUAGUGCUGAUUCGCGUCUCCGAACGGGCCACGCAUGUGCUGAUGCGAGCUACAACUGGGACGAUUAUCGAGCCAUUAUGGUGUCCCCUGCGCUUUGAAAAGACCGCCGUGGAGGCGUGCAAGAAAUUCCGCGCUGGCUACCCGCAGGAUCUGAAGGCGCAUCUGGAAGGCCGUUAUCACGGGCUGCCCAACGUGCAGCUGAAUUUCCACUGUCCCUGCCCGGCCCAGUGCAACAACGGCGCCUCCUGCGACGCCGUGGAAUUCGAUCCGUGGGGCACCGUUCUCGGCUGCCACAUCCGGGACAAACAUCCAGUGUAUUAUACGGAGAUGCUGGAGGCCCUCUUCAACCGAUUUGACACGGAGACUGGCCCGAAGCACCGGGAGUUUAUUCGCAGUAACAAGAACAUGAUCUUCCCUAAGUGGACUAGCGACUUAACUGUCUUGUGGCCCAGUCAGAUCAUUCCCGACAAGAUCAUCUUCCCCGCCGUUAUCAGAGACAACACCAGUUUGAACAGCGAAGGAUGUAAGGUAGUGCAUUACUUAUGCAAUAUCGCUCCGUGUGCGGGGAACGAGAUCAAAGGAGCGAGAGAGCUGCACGGGCAUCUGCUGGCGGAGCACCGUAUCUUUUUCAAGACGCCAACGGACUUCUACCAUGGCUGCCCGGCAGCUGCACAGGACUGCAAGGUGGAGACGCGGGCCAGAGACCGCCAGAUGGAGGCGCACAUCAAGGCGGUGCAUCCGCAGCUGUUGGGGCUGACGGCCCAGUACCCGCCGGCAGCCGAACAGGAGCGUGCGCGGUUGGAGUGCAUGGCGGUGGAGGAGGCUGAGUGUGUCGGAGAGUCCAUCAGCCGCGGCGUCGACACGGAGGACGCCGCCACCAACGACCCGUUUCUCUACGACUACCACUGCCCCGUCGGGAAAUGCCAGGUAAAUUAUUCCCAACGCGACUACAUUUUCUGGCACAUUGGCGCCGAUCAUGAAAAAGACUGGAAUCCCGCCGUUUAAAGCUCUUUCCACAAUGUCAACGGGUGAACUUUUGACCGCGGCCUCCCGUUGUCGUCUGAGCUUAAUAAAAUAGCAAGUUGCGAUGUUUCAGUUGGCGGAAACGAUGUGGCACUGAUUGCGCUGUGAAGAUGAGUUCGCAGCUGUUGCAUUUGUCCUGGAGGACGUCUUCACGCGUUGAUUCUCAAUUUUUCGCUCUCAUACUGACAGUCCUUGUUUUUACGAAUUUCCUUUGAAUUUUAGCAAGAUGGUGGUUUUUAUUGCCAGUUUCGUCCCGUUUAACUCCUUCUUGUGGCAUGUUCACGCUGAUCAAAUUUGCUGUACAUGUAUCUCUUUAGUUAAGAAAAUGAAUUAAUCAGAACGAUGUCAGCUGGAUUUGUUUGGUUAUUGCG